CAAGGUAGAUUUACACCAAACACCUUAUCACCUAGUACACUUGUUUUUAAUUUGGGUUUUAAAAGUCACAUACAAGUUUGUGAAUCCGUGAAUAUACUCAGUUAUUACAGCAAUUAAAACCAAAGGUACGCCAAGCAUUGUCAAUUAACUCUCUUUAGAAUUCAAUUCGGUGUCUUCUUACGGCUGUCUUGAUCCGAGUUUCAAGUGACAAAGGCUACCUACUCGGCAUCUGUUGUUUCUGUUAUCGUGUUCUGCCAUGGGAUUCCUAACGAUUUUAAAGAAAAUGCGACAGAAAGAAAAGGAAAUGCGAAUUUUAAUGUUGGGUCUAGAUAAUGCCGGCAAAACCACCCUACUGAGGAGAUUUAAUGGCGAAGAGAUCGACACUAUUGCACCCACGUUAGGUUUCAACAUAAAAACAUUAGAUUACAAAGGUUUCAAGCUUAAUAUGUGGGAUGUUGGAGGUCAAAAGUCUUUACGCUCGUAUUGGCGAAAUUACUUUGAGAGUACUGAUGGUCUAAUAUGGGUGGUAGAUAGUGCUGACAAACGUCGACUCGCUGACUGUAAAAAAGAACUGUUCUCACUCCUCCAAGAAGAAAGAUUGGCCGGAGCAACACUUCUUGUAUUCACGAAUAAACAAGAUCUUCCUGGUGCUCUAUCUGCAGAAGAAAUCCGUGACCUCUUGGAACUACCAAAAAUCAAAACGCACCAUUGGCAAAUAUUCAACUGCAGUGCUGUCACAGGAGAUAAUUUACUCCCAGGGAUGGAUUGGCUUGUAACGGAUAUUUCUGCAAGAAUAUUCACUUUAGAUUGAUGAGAUUGAAUGUCAUAUCUCAGUCAGCUGUCUACACGAAACUUUACUUCAUGUUUAAACUCGCUGAGUUUAGGGGUAUAAUUAUAACACAACACUCAUAUCAUCGCAUGGCCUUUUACCUACAGGAAAAAUUUCUUUCCAUUCAGCCGUCAUCAGGAACAUGUUUUUUUAUUAAUAGUUGCACUUUUUAAAAUUUUUUGAGCAUUAUUGCUUUUGAACUUCGCUCUCAGAGAAUUUGCAUCGAAUUCAUUUUUGAAAAAACUAACAAAUUUGUACAAAUAAAUGGGCAAUUAAUUAUGUUUAAUGUAUAAAAAGAAGGAAACUAAGUCAUAAAAACUCAACCAUUCACAAUUGAAUAUCUGGUGUAAUAUUUCCUGUUUGCAGGUGGAUUUUUAAGAGAGUUGACCUCUUACUGUAUCUCUACUAUCAAUGUUACCCCAGUUUUUUCACUGUUUUUUAGACUUAACAGUUUAUUUCCAAAUAUCAAGCCCAAGACCCUUUCUUUUAUUAUCUGUACUUGUCCAUUCAAGUCGUAAUAAUAAUAUGUUAAAAAAUGAAGUAAAUUUAAAAAAAAAAAAAUCGGUUUUUAAAAACUGCAAUAAAUGCAAUAUCUAGCUUUAUUUGUUGUACACAGCUAUCUGUAGGUUGGUAAAGGGUCUCGAAUAUGAUGAUGAAAAGCAGAAAAAUGAAAGAGAAAAGAAAUAUUUUAGAAGCCGUUUAAAAAAGCAAAAAGAAGAUAAGUGGCACCGAAGAAUGUAAAAAACGAUUAAUGAGAUCCAUUCAUCCUGAUGUCACAAUAAUUAUUAAAGAUUUUUGCAUUUCUUAUCUCCUCUCUAUUCCAUCUAUUUUCGUUUCCCCCAUAAAAACGAAAAUUAUAACUGUCUGCAAAAUUGACGCUCUAACUUCAAAAUACAAAACAAAUUUUAAGGUAUAGAUCACCUGAACGAGUGUCCCUGUUGAGGUAAGCACCUCUUCAGUAAUCAAAAUGCAGAAUAUCUUAAAGACUAUGAUAGAUAAGCUAUCAGUUUCAUGAUAAGAAUUUGUAAGCAUGCAAAUCAGUCUCCUCAGUGCCUAGUGAGAAGAGUUACAGUGUUUUAUUGUCUAUAUUGUACAUUUUUGUAGCUUUUUUAUUUUUCUAAUUGUAAUUUAUUUUUCUUUAGUUUAAUCUACUGCAGUAUUGGAAAGCAAGACACCGGUUUUAACGGGCUGUUUUCUGGACUAUUGUAGCAAGAAAUUCAAACAUUUUUUAUUAAAUAUUUUUCUUUUAACAUAACA